UAAGACCUCAAAUACCAAUUGUCAAAUUUUUUCCUACUUGUGUUAGGACGAUCGAUUAUUGUGCUUAGUCUUAGAUUUUUCCGUUUAUAUGGUAAUAGUCUAAAUGCAGAGUGACCUUAGAUCUUCUCACCUUUAUAAAUUAAAGCACCAACAAUAAGUUCCACAUAGAGAGAGAAAUAGAGAGAGAGAGAGAGAAAUAGAGAGUGAGAGAGAACAUGGAGAGGAUGUUUGUAGUAGCUUUACUACUUCUCACAACACAUGCUGUUUUAGCCAUCGCGGCCGGCCCCUCCGUUAUCAUCGUCGGAGCCGGCUUUUCCGGUAUUUCGGCGGCGAAGACGCUAUCGGAUGCCGGGAUCAAGGACUUUCUCAUUCUGGAGGCGACGGACCACAUCGGCGGCCGCAUCCACAAGACCAACUUCGCGGGGAUCAACGUCGAGAAGGGCGCGAACUGGGUCGAGGGUGUGAACGGCACCGAGGUGAACCCCAUCUGGGUCAUGGCUAAUGAGCUCAAGCUAAGAAGGUUCUACUCCGACUACGAUAACAUCUCCUCCAACACCUACAACCAAGAGGGUGGGCUGUACGGGAGUUCGGAGGUGGGGAAGGCUAUCGAGGAGUCGGAGAGCAUCCACAGCGACGGCGAGAAGCUCUCGGCGAGGCUGCCGCCAAGCGGCCGCAGCGACAUCUCGAUUUUGACAAUGCAGCGCCUCAAGAACCAUGUUCCGACGAGUGCACUGGACAUGGUGGUGGACUACUACAGCUACGACUACGAGUUCGCAGAGCCGCCGCGGGUGACGAGCCUGCAAAACACCGUCCCGCUGCCGACCUUCGCCAGGUUCGGUGAGAGUGUCUACUUCGUCGCCGAUCAGCGCGGCUACGAGAGCGUCGUCUACCACGUCGCUCACCAGUUCCUCAGCACCGACAAGGCCUCCGGCGCCAUUAACGACCCCAGGCUCAAGCUCAACAAGGUGGUGAGGCACAUCAGUCAGUCCUCGACUGGUGUGACUGUCACAACAGAGGAUGGGUCGGUGUACAAAGCAGACUACGUCAUGGUUUCUGUCAGCAUCGGGGUCCUCCAAACUAAGCUCAUCAAAUUCGAACCAGACUUGCCGAGUUGGAAGAUCUUGGCGGUAUAUCAGUUUGAUAUGGCCGUCUACACCAAAAUUUUCCUUAAAUUCCCAUACACGUUCUGGCCUGAAGGGACAGGGACGGAGUUCUUCCUUUAUGCAAGUGAACGGAGGGGUUACUAUCCUGUGUGGCAGCAAUUUGAGAAGCAGUACCCAGGAGCGAACGUGCUGCUGGUGACGGUGACGGACGAGGAGUCGAGAAGGAUCGAACAGCAGUCGGACGAGGAGACGAAGGCGGAAGCCAUGGAGGUGCUGAAGAAGAUGUUUGGGCCCAACAUCCCUGAUGCCACGGACAUACUGGUGCCCAGAUGGUGGUCUGAUAGGUUCUACAAAGGCACCUUCUCAAAUUGGCCCAUCGGUGUCAACCGCUACGAGUACGAUCAAAUCAGGGCACCUGUUGGGCGGAUUUACUUCACUGGGGAGCACACAAGCGAGCAUUACAAUGGCUACGUUCACGGAGCAUAUCUUGCAGGCAUUGAUUCUGCCAACAUCAUGAUCAAGUGCAUCAAGCACGGUUUCUGCAAGGUCCAAAUCAAGGACAAGGACUCCUAAGUUUCGAAAGGUAAUAUGAUCAAUAAGAUGCCAUAAUAUUGGAAACGCAAAAAGCGUCGUAUCUCCCUGAAAUUUUAUUCUGAAAUUACGCUUCUUCCAUUGUAUCUUUUAUUAGUUUUUUCCUUGGAAGGACAUUAAAUUGGAACUUAAUAAACAUGCAUGCUUGAUUAUUGUCUACGCAAUUA